AUGUCCAAAGUGGCGGCGGAAAGUUGCGGGGCGGCGCCGGCCGAGGACUUGUCCAAGGUGUCGGACGAGGAGCUGCUCAAGUGGAGCAAGGAGGAGCUGGUUCGCAGCCUCCGCCGAGCUGAGGCCGAGAAGAUGAGCGCAAUGCUGGACCACAGCAACCUCAUCCGGGAGGUGAACCGCCGCCUCCAGCUCCACCUCGGCGAGAUCCGCGGCUUGAAGGAUAUCAACCAGAAGCUGCAAGAAGAUAACCAAGAACUGAGAGACCUUUGCUGCUUUCUGGAUGAUGACAGGCAGAAAGGCAAGAAGGUGUCCCGUGAGUGGCAGAGACUGGGCCGGUACAGUGCUAGUAUUAUGCACAAAGAGGUUGCCUUAUACUUACAGAAGUUGAAAGAACUGGAAGUGAGACAAGAAGAAGUGGUUAAGGAAAACCUGGAGCUGAGAGAAUUGUGUGUGUUGCUGGAUGAGGAGAAGAGUGGUGGAGCAGGCAGCCGGAGCUCUAUCGACAGCCAGAUCAGCCUGUGUCAGUUAACCGCGACGAGUGCUUACAUUAGAGAUGUGGGUGAUGGGAGUAGUACUUCUAGCACAGGAAGUACAGACAGUCCAGACCAUCAUAAACAUCAUCCAAGUACUAGUCCAGAACAUCUUCAAAAAGCUCGGGGAGAGGGAAGCCCUGAGCACCAGAAACACAGAAGUAUCAGCCCAGAGCACCUCCAGAAGCCUAGGAGUUCUGGCAGUCCUGAUCAUCACCUGAAAGGGCCAAGUCCAGAACAUCACAAAACCAUUGUCAAAGCAUCUGAACAACAAAAGCACAGCAGCAGCAGCCCAGAAACUCUGCCAAAGCAUGUUUUGAAUAGUAGCCCUGAACACUUUCCAAAGCAGAGGCCUGGUAGUAGCCCUGAGCAUCAAAAGCACAGCAGUGGCAGCCCAGAUCAUCUUCAAAAGCACACACCGAGUGGAAGUACAGAACAUCUCCACAAAGUGAGGGGUACAAGUCCUGAGCAUCUCAAACAUUAUGGAGGGAGCCCAGAGCAUCUCAAACAUCUCAGUGGAGGCAGCAGAGAAGGUACCCUCAGGAGACAAGUAACAGAUGACCUGUCACCUCACCACAGAAGUAUAUACAAUGGAAUGAAUGAAUCAACCUUGUCCUAUGUUAGGCAGCUGGAGGCAAGAGUAAGACAGCUGGAGGAGGAAAAUCGCAUGCUGCCCCAGGAAACCAGUAGGAUGCCAGGAGGGGCGGAGGGGAGGAGUUACUGCUCUGCAAACGAGCCAACUAGCAUCAGUGGACAUGGCUCAGCCUCUCAGCAGUCUGACUCAGUGGUAAAUGCUCUGAAGGUUGUGUGGAGGAAACUUGGAGAUGCUGCAGGGUCAUGCCCUGGAAUUAGACAACAUUUGUCAGGAAAUCAGUACAAAGGACCUAUGUAA